AUGUGCUCGGCAAUUGAGCGAGAGACCCGACGCACUGAAUUACGCGGCCCUCCUCCCUUACCAGCCAACCCAGUUUCAGGAGUUUUUAUGGCUCCUGCCUUCAGGGCACGGCUGGGCGUCGGCUUCGAGCUGCUCGACCAGGAGGAGGGCUUACGCGUGCUGCAGGUUUGUCCGCAGAGCCGUAGUGAGAAGAGGCACGACGUCAUCGACCGCAAUGGCCUACUCCCGGGUCAUAAGCUGCACCCCGGCGACUUCGUGGUGAUGGUCAAUGGCAAGAGCACGAGGAGAGCACCCCCGAUGGCACAGUCCUCCGGCACCUGCGCGGAUCAGCCGAUGGCAGAGGAUGAUGGCUGGCAUGAUCAGCGACGGCAGAAUGGUGGCGCGGGCUUGGGUGAUUGGCGCGAGGUCGAAAGCUGCACACGGUGGAGCCUGCAAUGGCAACAGUCGAAUAUGUCCGGCCAAAUGCCGGGCUAUUUCGACCCGGGUAUCGGAGAAGGAGCCAGCAAUGGCAUCACGGAUAGGUAUGUGAGCAGAGGCUGGAAGUCGAGUUGCCGCCGGAUGCAACGACGGCAGCUGCUACGGGAGGGGAAAGAAGCCACUUCGUCAGCGGCUGCACCUGAGCCGUGGAACGGGCAGCCUGAAAAGGCAACUUCAUCAGCGGCUGCGCCGGAGCCGUGGGACGAGGUGCCUCGCGUGUCUCCGCGCGAGCCAAUGCAGGCGCGGACGCCAUUGGAGCCUGUGCAGGAAGUGGGCUCGCCCCUCGCGUCAGAUCCCGACGGCUACGAGCCUCCGCCGUGGGCCGCAGAGGCGCGCCCAGGCUCUUCGAUCGAGGCCUUUCCAGCGGAGGCGCCGCAGGCCGCGAAUGGAAGUGCUUCGCAUUGCCAAGACCCUGUGGACGAGAAUGCUGACGUGCAAGAAUUGGUGGCCAUCGUAGACUAUGAUGCCGUGGAGCCCUCCAAGGGCUACUUGCAGUGUGCACCGGGCGAUCGCAUUCUUUGCAAGCUCGUGGCUUGCCUCAGCGAGUUGGAAUGCUCGAAGUCCCCGAAGUUUCACCGCAUAACAGUUUUUUACUUCGGCUCUUUGCUGGCUGCACAUUUUCUGUGCCCAUCUGGCCUGAGCGGCUGCACUUCACUGUGCCCGCUCUCAAUCUAUUUCUUCGCCGUAAGGCCUCCGUGGAAGGAGGCGGGCCCGGACUUCGGUUUUUCCGCCCUUGGGACAGGGCUUGGUUGCAGAGGUUUUUGUGAGAAGGAAGCAGCAGAGAGCAGAGGACUUCGGAGCAAGGUGCUGGGAAGGAGCCACCUCGCUAGGUCUUGUCCUGGCUGGUGGGCUGGUGCAAUGGAAGGCCAGGCUGCGCAGCAACAGCAGCAGCAGCAGGUGCAGCAAGGAGGGAUUGGAGCUGAAGAUGUGGAUCGGCUUGUUCGCUCCCGCCUAGAGCAGGCCUUCCAAGGAGUUUUUCGGAAGCUUGUGGAUACAACGGAAAGGGCAGCUCAGGCUGCCGAGGCAAGCGCCUCGAGUAAUAGGCUGGAUGGGCUGACUCGGACCUUGAAAGUGGAAGCGUGGAAGCCGCAGAACCGUGAGGAGGAGCUGCGCACUUGGAAGGAAUGGGCCUUCCAGUUUACGAACUGGCUGGUUACGCACGACGAGCACUACGAAACCGACCUGGCUGAUAUUACUCUGGACCAGGAGGUGGACCAUGCGGUCCUUACGGCAGACGAAGUGUCAAGAUCCCACAGGCUUUUCGGGGUCCUGUGCAAUAUGAUCAAGGGCCGCCCUCUUUUGAUUGUGCGGCAAAAGCAGGAAACGAAGAACGGCAUGGAAGCCUGGCGGCUUUUGCGUCGGGAAAUGGAGCCGAAGGAGAAGGCGAGGUCACUUGCCUUGGUGCGUCAGCUUGCUGGCUGGCGCUUUGACCAGCAAACCGGCUUACAUGAGCAGCUCAUCAAAUAUGAAGAGGCCCUUCGCUUAUAUGAAGCCAGCAGCGGCAAGAGCUUCCCCGAGGACCUGGUUUUGGCUACAGUGGUGACGGGCUUGAAGGAGCCGCUCAAGUCGCAGAUUCAGCUGCGAAUGGGAAGCACCACCCGUUACAGCGAGGUGAGGGAAUGGGUGCUUCAAUAUGAGUCGUUGAAUGCGCCCUGGUCGAUGACUUUGCCGGGGAAGACAGCGAAUGACGCCGGUGGCCCGGCACCAAUGGAAGUGGACCAGAUCAAGGGGAAGAAGGGCAAGAGUAAGGACGGCAAGGGCAAGAAUGGCAAGAGCAAGGACGGAAAAGGGAAAGGCGACAAAGGAAAGAAGGGCAAGCCUGGAGAAGGCAAAGGCUGGCAGCAAAAGGACUAUAGCUGGUCGUCCCAGAGCAGCUGGGGAGGCCAACAAGGGUCCAACUGGACCCCGUGGAAAGGCAGCAGCGGCAAGGAUGGCAAGUCGAGUGGCAAAGGAAAGGACAGCUGCAACAUAUGCGGACAGCGGGGCCAUUGGAAGUGGGAGUGCCCGCAGAAGGGCAAGGGCAAGGUUCGGCAGGUCGAUGCCGCGAGCACAGCCGAGAGCUACUCUGCUUCAGUGGCCCCUUCGGUGGCCUCGUCGGCAACCACGGCGGCCCCGUCUACGGCAACGGCCUUGCAGAGAGGAGCGCGAUCAGUGAACCAAAUCAGCGCUGUGCUUGGCACCCCCCCGGGCUGCCCCUCCACACAAGUGUUUGAUAUGAGCGAGCUCGAUGACGAAGAGCUCGGCCUCUUCUCCUUGGACAGCCCGGAGGUGAUGAUGAUAAAGGUGGCCGGCCCCGACUCCUAUGACCUCACCCCCGUUUUUGAGGACAAUCGGAGCUACCUCGACAACAGCCAGUUUGAGAUGAAGCCGGCGCCUGGGAAUGACUUCGGCAAGGUCUUCGUUGAGCACUACGCAAUGGACCGUACCGACAGCGAGGAAAACUGGACGGUGCCGUGGUAUGAGCCCAAUCUUCUUGAGAAGCGUGCUGUGGCGGAGGUCCUUGCUGUGAGCGCGAAGCCCGUGCAGGUCGAGGUUGUCGUGGACAGUGGAGCUGAUGUCAGCGUUGCCCCCAAGAAUUUCGUGGGACAUGGCAUUCCAGCCGAGAGCUCGGGGUUCAGGAUGCAAGAUGCCCAGGGCAACGAGAUCAGGGAGCUGAACACCAGGCUCCUCGACAUCACCGUCGGCACCUUAGACAACGACAGCGUGAAGAUUCGGGAGAAGUUUGCCAUUGCCAAUGUCGGGAGUAUCAUUCUCUCUUUGGGGCGGAUGCUUCGUGCAGGUUGGUGCCUCGGACACGUAGGUGAUGGACCGACCCUUGAGAGAGGGGGCCACCGAGUACCCAUUCGUCUUCGCAGGAACACCCUCAUCAUGAUGGCCAUGGUCUCGGUCAUCACCACGGGCGUGGCUGACGGCCACGUGGGACCACAACGAGUGCCAGAGAGCCGGGCAGUUCAAGCCAUUGGGGUCUUUGAGGAUAUGGGCCCUCUUCCCCCAGAGGUCGAAGACAUCGCGGCGACCCCUGGGUGGCAUGUGCUGGGAAGUGGGCUUCCUAUUCUGGUGGGUCACAAGGCUGAGGAGAUCCAAGAAGAGAGCUGGCUUUGGUCAACUGAGGAUUGGGCUUGGCUGGCUGUCUUUGUACGUCUUGAGAAAGCUGACCGCACACCGCGGCCUGGGGAUGUGUGGGUCCAAAUAUAUACAAUGGCGACUGCUGGUUUCGAUGGUGCCAUCAAGGUCUUUGCGGAGAUCGAUGAGGAGUUUAUCGGCGCCCACGACUAUGCAAUACUCUUUCAUGUUGACGAGUUGCCACAGAACCUCCUCAGCAAGCCCGGGGACUUCUUCAAGGAGAGCCUGGGUGAUGAUAACAAUGUGGUUGUGCCGAUGGCAGAGGAGACCGGAGGCAUCGGAGAUGACCCGUGCGAGGUUGUAGCCGAGAGCAAAAAGGACCUGGACAAAGAGCCCGAAGGUGAAGUCUUGGAUGGAGUGAAGCUAGAUGAUGAGACCCCCCUCAAAGAGCUCAGGGAGCUAUGCGAUCGGCUUGGUCUGAGCCGGGCUGGGCCGAAGAGCAAAGUGCUAAGGCGUCUCAAGGGGCACCACGAGAUUCUCGAGAAGCAGAUGACGACUGAGGUGGCGAGAAAAAUGUUCCUUGAGCGGGAUCGGCCAGCAAACUUGCCAGCCACCCCGAUUCUUCCGAGCGCGAGGCAGCAGGAGCUUCACAAUGCUACUCACCAACCCUUUGCUUCCUGGUGCGAAGCAUGCCUCUUGGGGCGGUCUCGGUCCUCACCUCACCUUAGGGUACCAGAGCCGGGCAUAGAGGCGAAGGACACCGAGGAGAACGUGCCGGUCAUUCAAGUGGACUAUUGCUACACCUUCACAAAGGCCCGCCAGGAGGUGACCGAGAAGCAGGAGGGAACCGAUGCAGGCAUUGAGGAAAAGACGCAGGAAGAGCAGGCCCCCGGCCCUGAGGACUAUCGAGACCAGUUUGCCUUGGCCCUUGUGGGGGCCGAAUCAACCACUGGAUGGCUUGCUGCAAUCCCGGUGCUCCAGAAGGGCGCCUCGUCUUUGAAGAGAGUGACCGAGAACUUGGUUCGAUUGAGCCUUCAAAUCAGUGCUGCGGGAGAGGUGGCCUUCCAGGGAGAUUCGGAGCCCUCGAUCAAACAGGUGAUCAACAGCGUUGCCGCAUGCAGGGCGAAGCUAGGAUUGAAGACAAGGGUAAAGAUCACCCAAAGAGGUAGCCACAGCAGCAAUGGAAGGGCCGAGAAAGCCAUCGACACGAUCAGGCGGGGACUCUUCAUGGGCAUCAACGAGAGGAAUGGAGCCAACAUUGUCCUCACGCCCGACGGUGCAAGGGAGACGCGGAGUAUAAGGAGGUUGCCCAUGGAACAGCAGUGGGAUGGAGUUCAUGGAGACAUUAUUGGGGAGGAGCUUAGCGAGUUUGCCCUUUGGUCGGAGGAGGUAGGUGAGUCGUUCGCAAAAGAGGGUUUGCUUGAGGACUUCGAUGACGACUGGGACUUCGAACCCAGCUGGGACGAGCACAGUGAGCAUCCUCCUGACCUUUGCGCCGAAGACCUUGAAAAGGUAAAUGCCGAGAGUGACCGAACAGAGCUCAAGAGGCUGGAGGAAAUGGGUGUCAUGAGGCUGCCCCGAGAAGGUGAAGACACAAGCACCUAUGGAAGGCUCACUACGAAGAUCGUGCGCGACUGGAGAAAAAGGCCAGGAUGGCUCAGGAGGAGUCGUCUGGUUGCGCGUGAGUUUAAAGCAUGGACAGCAUGGACCCAGGACCUCUUUGCGCCCGCCUCCAACCUAGCCGCGAUCCAUGCCUUUAUGACUUUGGCGAUCACACGUGGCCUGGAGCUGGUCACCUUGGACGUGAAAGAUGCUUACCUGAAUGUGGCCCAGCCAGAGCCAGUUGCCAUUGAGGUUGAAGCGUCGCUCUUCGACCCGACCAAUGUGGGCACGGUCACCUACGUUUUGGAAAGACUUCUACCAGGGCAAAGGAUAGGUGCGAGUGCUUGGUAUGGCUUUGCCAAGGACAUCCUCAAUACAAACGGCUUAGAGCACUACGCGAAAGAGCCCACCUUGUUUCGGCAUAAGGAGCCCUCCAAUCCCACGGCCAUGCUCCUUCAUGCUGAUGAUGGCCUUCUGGGCUCUACUGCAGAAGCCCGUCAAGACCUUGUCGAGAAGAUGGGCAAGGUGGUCAAGCUUCAAGUCAGUGAGCCAAUGAAAGAGGUCGGGGACGAGCUGGAGUUUCUCAAGAGGAAGUACGUGAGAGUUCCCGAGGGAAUUGUUAUGUUCAGCAGCAACCGUUAUGCAGAGUCGCUCUUCGAGUCCUUCGGCAAGGAAACCAAGGAGAAGGAUGUGCCAGCAGACAAGGAGUUUCUUGAGCCCGACUCGUCUCAGGAGCUCCCAGCUGAAAAAGGAAAGCUUUACAGGGAGGCUGUUGGCAGGCUCCUUUACUUGAGCCACUCGCGGCCCGACUUGCAGUUCGCCGUGUGCAUCCUCAGUUCAAAGAUGGCUUGCCCCACGGUGUCUUCGUGGAAGUGGCUCAAGAAGGUGGUGGGCUACCUUCGGCGCAAUCCAUGCAUCGGGGUUCUCAUGAGGCCCAUCCGAAAUGGAGCAUGUUUUGGCUAUGUGGGGAAGGGUUUCCUGGGGAGAGACAGCCAGCUGGUCGUGGAGGCGAUCACAGAUGCUGACUGGGCUGGCUGCAGAAGGACAAGGAAGAGCAGAACUUCAAUCCAGCUGUACGCUGGGGGGAGCUUGAUCGGCUCCAUGGUCCGGAGCCAGAAGUCUGUGGCCCUCUCGUCGGGGGAAAGCGAGUUCAUAGCUCUCGUGGGCGGUGCCGGGGAAGGACUCUACGUGGCCGAGGUCUUCGAGUUCCUCCUGGGCCCCGAGAGUGGAUCUGCAGUCAAGGCGGGGCGACUGAAGGUUGCCAGCAUCAGUGGGCAGGACAAUCCUGCCGACGUUGGCACAAAGCCACUUGCUGGGCCGCGACUACGUGAACUCAUGUACCUGCUUGGAGCCAUGACCGAGGAGUACGAGCCCUAUGGCAAGAAGGAGCACGACGAGAUGGCUGGGAAAAAGGCUUUGACAAAGGCCCUCAAGGACAUGCAUGUUGAGAGUGGAGCGGGGAGAGUGAAUGCUAAGACAAUCCUCCCUUUGAUGGUGAUGCUAUGCCAGAUUUAUGGUGCUGAGGGCUUGGGCCUAGCAAGCCUCUUCAUGGCUGAUGAGGAGCUGAUGGCAAGCGUGUCAGCUGCGCUCGGCCUGGGCUUGCUUAUAGCUCUGGAGGAAGCCCAGUACAAAGGAGCAAGACACUCAGACCCAUGGGAGUCUGAGUAA